CUGGCGCUGAUUGAUCUGCGCUCACUGCCGGCAAUUAGGGCGUGGAUCCUCCGGCCCUCGCGCAGAUCGGCCGCGUCGCUCGCGUUCUUAAGCGCCGCCGCGAAGCGUUCCUCGAUCUCGUCCUUGGAUGCGCCCAAGAAUCUUCGCCCGGCCACAUUUCGCGCCAGAUUUUGUCAAAAAUUAGGGUUCUUGGAUCUCCGCCUAGCUUUAAAGGUCUGUUUUAUCGUUUAAACCCUAAACCUUUAAAAGACCAAAUGAUGGGUUAAUUUGUGACCAUAUGGCCCAAAGAACGAAGCUUUUUAUUCCCUCUUCGUCCUCCAGGGUUUUUCGUUCGUGCGAUGCGGCAAUGGUGCUUCCUCCCGUGCUGCUGCCAGGGUUUCAAGAUCGAGGAAGAACGCGAGGUCGUGGAAGCCGGGGACAUCAUCGAGCCCUGUUGCGCAGCAGCCGCGAGAACGGGACCAGCGAUGAGCGCGGGCGAGCUGGAAUCGCAAGCAAUUCGUGUCGUGAGCGAGAUUUUGCAGCACCAGGCCGUCUCGGUUGAAGAAAAGGACCACAAAGCUCCGUCAAAGAGUGACUCGCUGGGCAUCGAUGAAUUCGACGACCAGAUCAUCCUGCCGAGCGAAGACGACGGCUACGAAGACACCUUCAGUACAACCACGAGUUUGCUCGAUCUCGCAACGGAAGAGAACAAAGAAGGCGAGAGCAUACCCGUGGAGAACGUCGACAACGCCGCAUCUCGAGUGGAGGCAGAUCCAGGGCCUGUAGAAAUGAACUUACUGCUGGUUGUGGCUCUGCUCGUCCUCAUUUGGUGGCAGCUCUACCGCAAGUCCGCCGUAGCAUCGCAACCGUGGUCACUCGCGAACCAUCCAACUCUCCGAUAAACGUCACGCAAGAGCGAGUCUUCCUUGAUCGAAACAAAAGGAGACCAAAGCGUUUUUUUUCUUUUUUUUUUCUCUUUUCCUAUGGAGAAAAAUCCUUGUCUUUUUGUUCCAAGUAAUUGGAAUUCUGGGAUUUACUUCGUCUAA